AUGAAUCUUAAAAUAUUGUUGGCUAAGCUUAAUUAUACUAAUAAAUUCAGAAAUAUGGGAUGUUGUUCAAAUAGACCAAUAUUAAACGCGACUCAAAAAAAGUUAAAAAGUUUCUUGAAUGUUUUCCACAAGUCAGAAACCUUAAUUAUUGAAAACAACCCAAAUAACUCAACACCAGAAACUGAUGAAAAAAAUGAAUCUUACAAAAAAGAUUUCCUUGCUAUUACAUAUGAUUUCAUUGAUGACAGUGAAGAUGCAUUAGCGGAGUUUUACAAUUUGACUGGCAUAAAGCUAAGUUCAUAUGAAGAUUUCUGCAGUAGAAUAAAAAUUUCUGAAAAUCUUAUCAAAAAUCCUUCAGGGGAAGAAGGCUUUGAAAAUUGGAUUGCUGAAAAUAAAGGAGAAGGGUGGGAAAUUCAGAAUGUAGGCUGCUAUAAAGGUAAAAAAGGCGUCUUUGUUGCUUCAUAUGAGUGAUCUUCAUUGAAGCAAACAAUAGAUAUCCCAGAAGGCAGUUGCCAUCGUAUUCUUUUAGUAGGAAGCCAUAUAUGCAGAAAAGCAGAGUAUGAAUGUGAGGCUAAAAUAAGGUUAAAAACAUUUGAAAAAGGCUGCAUAAACGAGCAAGAAAUAAAUUUCGAUUGUCCUUACAAAGAGCCGAUAAUAGAUAAUUUUUGUGCAUGGACAAUCAUGUCACUAAGUUCUGGAAUAAGCAAGCAGCAGCAAACUGUAGAGGUAGUGUUCAGUGGAAAAGAUAAAUUGUUCGCUUCAGGCCAUUUAGGAGCAAGGUUUGGGUUCUGCUUUGCGUAUUUAAUCGAAUAUCAAAAUUAA